GCCAGUGCAAGAACCAAUCGAGUCCACUUCAGUCCUGCUUUUUCCCGGGCAAGGUGCUCAAUUUAUUGGGAUGGCAAAAAAUCUGCUUGGUGUCACCGGAGUAAAGGACAUGUUCAACUUAGCUAGUUCGAUUUUACGAACGAACUUGCUAAAGACUUGUCUUGAGGGACCUGCAGAAAAAUUAAAGCAAACGAUACAUUGCCAACCUGCUGUGUAUGUCACAGCACUAGCUGCAGUCAAAAAAUUGCAAAUGGAUAGCCCCGAGUGUAUUGAAAAAUGCGUUGCAACAGCUGGCUAUAGUCUUGGUGAAAUCACCGCUCUCGUAUUCGCUGGGGCGUAUACUUUUGAGGAAGGUUUGCAUAUAAUUCGUGUACGUGCCGAAGCAAUGGAACGCGCAAGUAAUCUUCUACCUAGUGGAAUGUCGACUGUUUAUCUCACACACGAUUCCCAGUUGCGCUUGGCAUUAUCUGCUGCCAUAAAUCAUUGCAAGGAAGUCCUUAAGCUCGAGACACCCGUCGUCUGUCAGAUUGCCAGCUUUCUUGGACCUGACUGCAAGGUUUUGGCCGGUAACAUUGAGGCGCUGGACUACAUCACAGCCCAUGCUGAGCAGUUUCGCCUAAGGCGAAUCCGAAGGAUUGAAGUAUCGGGUGCUUUCCACACACCAAUGAUGCUGCCUGCGGUUGAGCCUCUGAAAAACGCCUUACAGCGAGUCGGUCCUGCCCGCACUCCAUGCAUACCCGUUAUCAGUAAUGUCGAUGCGUUGCCCUAUGGACAAGGGUCUACGGUUUCCCGUCGUCUCAUCAAACAGCUGACUCGCCCGCUUCAUUGGGAGCAGACGUUACAUGCACUGUACUCCCGGCCUGGAGGUGCUCCAUUUCCUCGAACUAUCGAAGUAGGUCCAGGUCGUCACCUAGGCUCCAGUCUGCGUAUGGUGAAUGCCAAAGCCUUUUCUCGCUACGAGGCCAUUUUAGUCUAA